UCUGGGAGCAAUCUCUGAUCACCAGCUAUCUGGAACUAACAUAGCCUGCUGCAACAGGCCGCUCAGGAGAAAUGGAAAAUCUACUGAAGCUGUGCCUCUUUCUUCUCUGCUUUGAAACCACUUUCGCGGUAAAGUGUGUACUGUGUCCGUCUUACAAAAAUGGGGAGUGUGUUGAUGGGAUUCAGACGUGUAUUACACAACCUGGUGAAACAUGUGUGAUCCGCAGAACCUGGCACUGGAGUAAAGAUAAUAAGCUGGAAAGUGCGGAGAUGAGGUGCACAAAAUUCUGUAAAUUUAAUGAAAAAUAUUCUGGAGGUCUAAUAAUACAUACGUUCUGCUGCAAUUCUGGAGAUUUCUGCAAUGACAUUGAUAGUCCAAUCAUGAUGACUUAGUGUAAGUUAGCUUCAGUUGACUUCAUCAUUCAUUUCCUUCACUUCCUGUCUUUCUUUUCUUCCAUGGGGUUUCAUAUUUUUCUGGGCUAGAGAUUUUUGUAAGUUUCAUGUUUUUGCAAUUCAAAGAACCUGGACAGAAAGUCCUUGAUAUUGUGUAAGCAUAUCUGAUUAUAUUGUAUAUUUUUUAUUCUUGAUAGUCUCUAGUCCUCAUCACCACGAAUGUAGCUUGAGGCAGGGCAAUAGCACAAGCAAGUGCAUACAAACUCACAAUGCAUAAGCAAAAUUGGCCCAAACAACAUGUCAGCGGACCAAAAGUACAGUAACUAAUGACAGGUACUCCUAGCCAAUCACAACUGCCAGUUUCAAAAGGACCAA